UUUGCCCCAUCUUCGCCCAUUUCUGUAAGACUGAAACCCUGGAUGACGGGGUUCUCUCUGCCUCUGGUCCUCUCUUCGCUCUCGCCGAGUUGCCGGAGUUCUUCGUCGUCGCUUUUCUCGAGUGUCGCCUUCGUCGAGACUCUUCUCUCUUUCUCUCUGUCUCCCCGGCGUCAUCGCCGGCACGCCGCUGUCUUGGUGCUUCCGUUGCGUCAGUUCAGAAGGAAAGGAAGAAACGCAGUGAUGGCCAUGGAAGUUGACCCUAAUCUUGAGUCAACAUCCUUCUCCUUCUGGAAACCCCUUCGUCGUAGGUUCAACCCUGACUCUCCUUUCUUCGCUUCUGGCAACCUCCAACGUGAACUGCUAGCCAAACAGGUUGCGUUGGAAUUAACGGAAGAGAAUGAACAACUUGAGGAUUGCAUCCAAGAUGGAAGUGAAGUAUUUUGUGUUCUUUGUGGCUCUUUACUUACUUCUCAAAAUAAAUGUUUGCCCGCAUGCCCGAUGUUGAAGCUGUCAUUUUUCUGUUCAGUUUGCUCCAGAGUCUACCCAACUUCUCGUCUGCUCAGCAUACACUUAUCUGAAGUUCAUGAUUCUUUCUUCCAGGCGAAACUUGCACGCGGCUAUGAUGUGUAUGAAUGCUUAGUGGAAGGCUGUGGUUUGAAAUUCAAAACCUACAGUAGCAGGCAGCAGCAUCUGGUUGACAAGCACAAAUUCCCAACCUCAUUCGAAUUUUUCAAGAAGUCUCGACCAUCAAAGAAACAGAGGUUAAAGUCUCAGCGCAAGCAAUCUGUUCAGAAGGAGGAUGCAUCAGAAACAAUGGAAGUCGAAAAUGCAGCCAUAGAUGACCUCACUUCAGCAGUCUCUAGAAUGAGCACUUCUGACUCCACUCCUUCCUCUAUCAGCUUUGGUCGCCGCAACAAAGGGUUGACCUUUGCUCCUCGAGUUGUUCAGCAAAAAACCCAGCAAAGAGAUAAUUAGCUUUUUUUUAAACCAAUUUGAAUUAACAAUUGCUAAAUGUUCAAUCUUUAAUUCUUGAUAUGUUGCCCCUUUAUAAAAUCCGUGGUUUUCUUCGGCUAAAAGGUUGAAAAAGCUGAUUAAGUUGAAGUUCACGUUGGGCACCCAUGAGAUAAUGACAUUUCUACAUCAAAUCUGGGUACAUAUGGACAACUUACAUUUCAUUA